AUCGGAAUACGUUGUGCCAGAUGGCCCCUUUCGGGACUGAGCUGCUAGCUGGCAUAUAUGAUGUCACUGGUGGCGGCGAGCUGUACAUUAUUAUUGCUGACUUCCGGCUGGUAUACUCAACGAUCAUUCUGCAACCACACUUUCGGCCCGGUCCCCAGAACGCUCGGCGCUUGGAGUGUUUGGACGCUGAGGCCGCGAGUUCGUCGGAACCGUCGCAGAUCCAUUCCCUCUCUCGUUACCAAUACUUGGCAGCAUACCGAAGAAAAUGGCGUGCCCAAAUGUUUUCGGGUCGGCGAGGAAGUCCGGGUUGGAGAAAAUAUCGUCCUUACAAAUGGCGCAGCGAUACGCCCACUGCAUGCAUGUUACCUGCACAUCCUUCUGCUGCGCCUCCACUGCGGCAAUGGUGAGGGGCCCUUCUCGCCUGCAAACCAAUCGGUCACACUGUUAAGCGCCAAGGACAGAGCCUGAUUUCUUGUCUCUGGUCGCGAAAGUUGGCUGCUUUUAACUUUCUUCCCUCCACCAUCGUUGCCAACGCCUACUUUCAUCCGAU